AUGGGAUUAGAUACCGAAAACAUUAAGAAACGUCUUUCUCAGUUAGAAUUAGAUGUUAAACAAAUGAACCAAAUGAUUGAUGAAAAUUUGGAUAUUAAUGAAACAACUUUAGAUAGUGCAAACGAGGAUGAGCAUAUUUUAAAUGGUGAAUUAGAUGAUAAUAACGUUGAUGACACAAGUUUGCAUGAAAAAGGUGAUACCUAUAGCCUGCAGUUAGAAGACAAUGGGAAUAAGGGAAGAGAUAUAAUUGACAGUGAAGGUAAAAAUAUUAAUAUAGAGAAUAAAAAUGAAACAGAUAAGGAUAAUAUAAAAGAAAGUACUUCAAAUCAAAGUUAUUUACAAGAAGAAAUCUUAGAAGCAAUUGAUAAUACACAAAAAUCCUUCGUUGAAAAUGCACCACACGAAUCAACAAAUGAAGGUGAAAUAAAUAAUUUAACAAGCAAAGAUACUGCUUUUACUGGUGAUCAGGAUACAAUAAAAGAAAUGUUAUCCAAAGAAAAGAGUGAUCAAAAACAAGAAACAAUUUCGGAAAUAGAACACGUGUCAAUUGAACAAGAGCAGAUUCAGGAAUUCAAUAAGAUUUCCAAUGCUAAUUCUACUAUUUUUUUUGAUAAUAAUGAUGAUAGAAUACAAGUAAAUAUGCAAGGAGAAUCGCCAAUCCAGCAUAAAUCUUCUAUAACAGACCUUUUAAUUAAUGAUCAAGAAACUGCGCAAGAGAAUAAUGAUGAUAACACUAACGACAAGAAAAAUAAGAUCCACAAUAGUGUUGACGUGCAAGAAGAUACAUUAAAUUCAAAUCCAAAGCAUGGAAAAGAAAAAGAUAAUGAAGCUGAGAUAGACGAAAACAUGCAUAAUGCUUCUAAAGAUGAUGACAGUACUAUACCUUCGGAACAGAUUGAGCAACAUCCAGUUGACAUUAAUAAACAAGGCUCACUAGCUGAAGUAGAAAGAGAACAAGAUAUCGGUAAACAAGAAAUAACAGACUCUCAACCUAUUAACAUUCACCAAACUGAAGAUACUAUUGCUACAAGUGAACCACAAGAAAAUGAACAAGUGACCGAUGAUAACAAUGAUAGUGAAAAAACUAAACCUAGAGCAAUGAUUUCAGAAGAUAAAAAUGAAGAUGAAUGGGAAGAUAUAAAAGAGGAAAAUGUCUGUGAAAACAAUGAAACUGUUAAUGAAAUGGAAAGCAUGUCCACUGGUGAUAACACUGGCAUAAAACAACCAUCUGCAGUUAGAUAUGACCUAUCUUUAAAUGAUGAUAAGAUUAUUUUACCAAAGCAUACUAAUGGUAAAGAUAUUACAAUUGCUACUUGUGAUAAUAAUACUAGUAGUAUAUCUGAAUCUACCAUGUUCAAGAACGAAAAUAUAGAAGAUAAAUCUAGUCCAUCAACUGUUACAGUAGAAAAGAGAAAAACUACGAAUCCAUUCCGUGUUAUCUCCGUAAGUAGCCCCACUUCUACAUCUAGUUCAAGGGUAAAUUCUACAUGCAGCAACCAUUCAUCGCACUCAAGUAGAAAAUCAUCGUCUUUUCAAAAGGAUACUAAUUACAAUGCUAAUGCCGAUGAUAGUAUUAUGAAAUUACAAAACCGUCACGAAUAUUUAAUGGAAAAAUGUAUCAAAUUAGAGAAAGAGAUCAAAUAUCUACGUCAAAUGGAAAGUCAAGGUUCAUUGACUUUAGAAGAUGGUAAAAAAUUAAAUAGAGCAAUUAAUAAAUUACAAGAAUACUUAGAUCGUAAAACCAAAGAACGUUAUGAAAUUGGUGUACUUCUAAGUAGAAAUUUGAGACGACAAAUUAAUCGUGGGGAAAACGGUGAAUUUUGGAUUGGUCGAAAAUAA